AUGCUGCCUUAUAUCAAAUCGCUAAGACGAUUCUUCACCUGGUUUAGUUUUGAUCCUGUGCGCUACCUACAGCGCGGGGACAAUGAAAAUGGUCUUCGAGAUAAGUUGGAUCGAUUUCUCCGUUCACAGAAAAAAGACCCAGCCAGAUGGCCAUAUGCCUACUUGUUGAGUGUGCCACGCUUCCUGUGGUGGGAGCGUAGUGUGGUAUCAUUCUGGUAUCUCUACUCGCCGUCACAGGAAUUAGAUGCCAUGAUAAUGGAAAUCAACAACUCGUUUGAUGAAAAACGAAAUGUCUUUUUCCAACUCGAACCUGAAUCUGACAAGCUCGUGACGAAAAUCGACGAUUUGGAGAGAGAACCAAAAUACCUAGACAAGAAAAAGAGUGUUAUGUCGCUUCCUUCAUUAGCCAGUGCAAGAUUCUACAAGGCUGUCUGGGAAAAAGGCAUCUUUGCAUCUCCCUUCGAGAAAGUGGAUGCAUCAAUUUUCACCCGGGUCAUUGAUCCCCUUCAGAUCUCAUUGUCUAAACCCACUGUCACCAUUAUCAAAUUUGUUUCUUUUGGUCCGGCGGGGGAAAGUAGAAUGGUGACGAGGAUCAGCUGCCCGGAACCCCCUAUAGACCCAGUCAACGUGACUGCAACCCAUUUGGUCAGAUCUAUUUUCAUGUGGACAUCUCUCGGCACUUUGACGACUCCCCGGAUUAUCUUCCAGGCUCUCAAUAUCCAAUAUUGGAAGGGUUUGAUGCAGAUGAUAGAUCGACCUAUGAUCCGACCAGGCAGUGUCGCGCGCCAUCCGACCUCUAUAGAGAGGAGACUUGAGCCAUUCUGGCGUGCCUUCCUGUCACGAUGUGUCGAGAGGUUUCCCGAACCGUUAGAACUCAUAUAUAUCCCCUCCACAUCUAUCUCCAAUGAUCAUGUUCGCUUUCUCUCCCCUUCUGCUGGUAUGGGAUCAAAUGUGGCCGUCAAACGUUUGACUGUAGAAGCGGUUGAUCCCGGAUUCUACACGCGAAUAGUCAACUACGCUGAUAUUUGGGAAGGAAUCUCACAUGAGCAGCAACAGAAAGGGAGCUGUGCGGAUGCUACAUCCAGUCCACUCGUUGUGUCAGACCUCCAGCUUCUCCGUACACUGGUCUUCCCUUUUCAAAAGAGGAUGUCAGCCAUUCCGGUCGGGUUAUGCUUUACUCUGGCAAAUGUCCUUGCCUGGUGCCGUGGAUCGAGGAGUCAGAUGGACUCUUUCGUGCUAUCUUCGACAGCUCCAUUUGUUUAUCCAUCCUACACAGAGUGUGUAAUCCGCCUUGGGCUACUACGUCGAUUUGCCUUGAAUUCUCAACCACUUCUAUGGAUUUACGGGGUCUUGGCUCGGUGGAUACUUUUGGGCUUGGCCCUAUCCAUAUGCUCCAUGAUGGGUGUUGUUCCAGCCACCUACCUUCCUAUGGCCAGUUUCAUCAUGUAUUUAUUUCUUUGGAACAUUGGUCGUGUGGAAAUCAGGGCACAAUUGUUCCCUUUAAGUUUCUAG